AGUUCAUGAAACAAUGACAGGAAGGGCGACAGAGGGCUUCAGGGCCGGAUCGUGACCAGAAUUUGCAGCACUGCAACGUGCUCCCGUAAUCAUGAACGCCGGUGUCACAACGUUGGGGGAUGGCGAGGGCCCUGAAACCCUACUUGACAGCGAGACCUUUUGGCGCGACCAUACCAUAUGGCUGAAAGAAUGCGGUUACGAAUUACGGCCACGCUUUCGACUGGGAUGGGUGGCAUCGUGGAUUGGGACGAAGAAAGAAUGGUUCGAAUGCGAAGAUGGUAAAUGGUCAAUGCGUAGCUUCGCUUUCAUGGAUGCAAAAGAUACGUCUACUGGGCAAAUCGUUGGCAUGAAAAUUAUAAGGCAUGAAGAUAAUCCAAAAGAGCUGGCUAUCGGGACAUUUUUCACCAGUGAAGAAAAGUCCUCAGAUCAUCGUAAUCAUUGUGUUCCCAUUCUUCGAACGCUACCGAUUCCAGAUGAGGAAGGGCACGUCAUCAUAGUGAUGCCAUACCUACGACCAUGGUACGAUCCCAAGUUCAAGACCAUUGGCGAGGGUGUUCAAUUCUUCAGGGAGAUGCUUGAGGGACUCCAGUUCAUUCAUGAAAACAAUGUUGCUCAUCGUGAUGGAGGGUUUACAAAUAUCAUGAUGGAUGCGACGCACAUGUACGGGCCAGACAGUUUUCACCCCCGCGAUAGGAAGCUGAAAUACGACUUCUCCGGGCGUGCGCGACAUCGCUCACGUACUGAACAGCCUCCGAGAUACUACUUCAUUGAUUUUGGACUUUCGAUUCUCUAUAAACCUGACGAACUGCCGGCCACCGUGCGCGCACUAGAAGGAGGGGACAAAUCAGUCCCUGAGUUUCUAGCUGAUAAUCCAGAUUGGAUGAAGAGAACGCUAAAGCACGAUCCAUUUGCUGUCGACGUUUACUAUCUUGGCAAUGCAUUCAGAGCCUUUCUUUGCAAGGGAAUCAAGGCAGAUCAUAAACUCAGUGAAAGAGAGCUCCUUCGGAUGAGAGGGUUUGAGUUUAUGGAACCUCUGAUAACCGCGAUGACUGAGCCAAAUCCGGUAAAGCGCAUUAAAAUCGGCGAUGCUAUCGAAAAAUUUGCACUUAUCGAGAAGGGUCUCAGUGCGAUGACUUUGAGAUCCAGAGUCGUCUAUAGCACAGACUCCAUAAUUUUUCGACCCUUCAAGGCUGCUGGUCACUGGGUGUGGACUUUGGGGCUCAUUGCACGAGGAAUACCAGCCAUUCCUACACCUUCGCCGCAAUAAAUCCUUGCCUAUUCGAGCUCUCUUGUCUCUCGCUGCCCCUUCUCCUGCUCUGCAUCUAUCUGCAUAUCAGAAUAUAUUUCUUUUUUUCUUGCUCUGGCCGCCUCCAAGAGCUGGUGCCUGGUGUCCGCCUUCCCUAUUGUGACUAAUAAGCUGGUUUAUUACGUAUCCUAGUCGUACCUCAUUCUCACACCAU